CUUCACUAGACUUGUAGAGGUAUGAAGUUCAUUCUCAGCACUGUCUUUAUUCUUCUUUUGAAUUUGGGAGUUCUACUUACCACUUCAGUUGCUUGUCCAACUUGUGAAACUCCAACUCCUCCUCCUAAACUGCCUAAACUCCCUCCUAAACGCCAUCCCCAAGUUCCUUCUCCUCCUCCUCCAAAUGCACAUGUACCAAAAUCACCCACAGUUAAACCACCACCUGUUAAGCCUCCGCAUGUUAAACCCCCACCAAUACCCCCACGAAAGAAGCCACCAAAGAAGGCUCCAACUGUCAAACCACCACAUGUCAAGCCUCCACAUGCUAAACCACCAACAACACCCCCACGAAAGAAACCACCAACUGUGAAGCCACCAAAGAAGACUCCUACUGCCAAACCACCGAAAAAGACUCCAACUGUAAAACCACCACCGAAGAAGACUCCAACUAAGAAACCACCGCAUGUUAAGCCUCCACAUGCUAAACCCCCACCAAUACCCCCACGAAAGAAACCAAAAACUGUGAAGCCACCAAAGAAGGCUCCUACUGUCAAACCACCAAAGAGGUCUCCAGCUACCAAACCACCGAAAAAAAAGCCUACUCCCCCCAUUGCUGAGCGACCGCCAUCUCCCCCGAUUGUAAAACCAUGUCCACCACCUACAUCUCCCGCCCCGAAACCAAUACCACCGCCAAAAUCUCCUACACCUAUACCAACACCACCAAAAGUUCCAGCACCACCAAAAGCUCCUACACCGAAACCAACACCACCAAAAUCUCCUACAACAAAACCAGUGGCACCACCAAAGUAUCCUAUACCUAAACCAACACCACCUCCAUCAUCACUGACACCAAAACCACCCCCAACACUAACGCCACCAAAGCUAACACCACCACCAUCAACACCAACCCCAACAUUGCCGACACCGCCAACAAUUCCCACACCAACACCGCCGACAAAAACACCACCACCUAUUGUAACACCAACACCGCCGACAACAACCCCACCACAACCUCCAACACCAACACCAUCA